AGCCAAUGGGCGCGGCCGCUGAUGGGAUGUGGCGAUAGCGCAGGUGGCGAGUGCCGACGGGCCCCUGCCCGAUUGGGCGCGGGCGUUCGAUCAGAGAUGGGCGCAGAAGGUUCCCGCCGAAGAACCUUGUGCGGGAGACCCCGGGGAGCGCAGGGGACGGCGGCCUGUUAUCCGGAGUCGCUGGCGGGGGUUUACGUGCUCGGUGCAGAGCCUAAGUCCACCGUUGUCCCACAGACAUUCCUGUCCCACACCAGCACUCUACAAAUACGUUCCGCUGCCACCCACCUCCCCCGUCUUCUCGCGCCGCGCCAAUUUCAAGUCUGGCGAAUCCUCGUCCUCCCGCAGCUUCUCCUCUUCUCGCCUGCACGCUACCGUCUUCUUCGUGCAUCCCACCACCCACCCGCGCCAGCAAUGGCUGAUCUCUACCCGCAGACGUACUCCAACCGCCAGACAACCUACCACCGCCAGGACCAGCAGUACCCCGUCCAGAACACCCAGGCCAUCGUCUAUCCCCAGCUCCUCAACACCCAGUCUGCACCCGUCUCCGAUGACCACCAGUCGCCCUCGCCCCAGGACACCCAGUCCGCGUCCCCGACGCGCGACUCCGACUCCCCCAAGCACGAUACCCCGCCCGCACAAAAGUCAGAGAACACGCCUCAGCAGCAGCAGGCUGCCAAACCACAGGCAACCUUCCUGACCAAACUCUACGCCCUCUUAGAACGCCCCGAAAACCACCAUAUGAUUCGCUGGGACCCCGCCGGCGAGCACAUCAUCGUCGAGCGGCCAGAGCAGCUCGCGUUACACGUCCUCCCGAGCGUAUACCGCCAGUCCCGCUUCGCCAGCUUCUCUCGGCAACUCAACAUCUACGGUUUCAUGCGCAAGGUCAACCUCCGCAAUGUCGAUCCCGCCAUUGACGAUCCUGACGCGAGCACUUGGUCCCAUCCGACGCUCAACCGCCACUCGCCUCCGGAAGUGGUCGCAAACUUCAAGCGUCGCGUCCCACCGCGCCUCCCGAAGCCUCGCAAACGCGACAACGAGGUGCCUGUUCUCCCGCCUUCUCGCCCUCCGCUCGAUGUUGCAGGACGACCCCGUGGCUUCUCGUCGCCAGGCUCAUUCGCGCCAAUUGGACAGACUGGCGCACCUAGCUGGUCGUCCGGUGGAUACUCCCGCGGAACGCUCCCGCCGCUCACGGUCCCUUCGGAUCCCCCAAUGUCGCACGCUAUGUAUUCGCACUCCUCUCACAUCUCGCAUCCCAUUACCCCUACAGACGAUACCCCGUCCUCGGCUUCCUUCAGUCCGAUGACGUACCAGAGCGCGCCGCGCGAGACGAUGAUGCUCCCGUCGCCGUCAUCACAGUACCCAUACUCAGAGCAGACGGGUACCAGCUGGGGCUUUUCUCCCACGAGCGCGUCGAGCCACUCAUCUGGCAGCUUGUCUAGCUUGCUGAACCCGAGUACGAACAUGAAUGGUGGAUACUCAAACACGUCGCGUCCGACUCCACCUGCCAUUAACACGCACUCGUCCUACGCUAGUGUCCCGAUGAGCCGAUCCCACUAUAGCGCUGGUGGCUUGUCGCCCGACAGCAGGCCGACGUCGGGGUACUCUGUCUCCUCCAUGUCGUCGAUGCCAGACGCGUAUGCAGAAUCGCCUCAGCAUUACGGUCAUCACGAUUACUCGCGACCCAGUUCCAGCCAUCAUCCCUCGUCUGCGCGGCCGCUGACGCCUUCGUCCUCACGGCCGCCAUCUUCAAAAUCCUAUAACGCGAGCUCGCUGAGCAUCCGGAGGGCGCGGAGGCACAGCCAGGCGAUGCAGCCGUAUCCGUCCCCAUACGGUGAGCAUCCGCCGUUGUCGGCAGGUUCUGAGCGACCUUCGAGCUCGCCACAGCCGGAUGAGCACCCGGGCAACAUCGCGCGGGUGCGGAGCAUGAUACACCUCAACUCGGCAGAUACAUAUGGUUUCAACCCUGCGCAAGCGGACUUCGCCUAUGGGGCGGUAGAUGACGGCCAUGUGUCACAGCACGGCCACGGGCUGUAUGUCAACACCGGACGAAGCGUCCGGCCGUCGACAUCUGCGUCAAGUCUCUCGACGACGAGCUCGGCGGCGAACACACCGGGAGGCGAUGGGUAUGGGCCGGGUGCGGGCGAGGCGGACAUCAACCGAUUCUCACCCGACUUCGGCUUCGUACAGAUGAACGAACACCUCCCGCAAUACGCUAAGGGCGAGAUGUAGGUCCGCGCGUGUGCGUGGGCCACUCGGUCGUCGUCGGCGCCGGUGUCAUAUCGAGGGUGCGUCGGCGGCGGGAGCAGUGCGGCGCGGCGCUUGCAGUGAUCGGCGGGGGCAGUGGCCGGGGGCCCAGGAAGUGUCUGAUCGCGGUGCCGGGAGCAUCUGCCACUCCGUGCUCUGUCUCAUCUCUCCAUCUCUCCAUCUUUGUUCGCUCGUUCAUCAUGAUCAUUUGACACGGACUCGAAAACGUGGCUUGUCUCUCGCUUGUCAUAUCUCUACCUUUCAUGUCUCGCUGCUUUGCAAAGCUGUUCGCUGUAUUCGAUAGCUGCUUUCGUCUCUUUACUCGGUCGCUGUACACUGCUCCCUUAGCCUGUCUCUUCUUCUUCUGGUAAUGCGCUGUGAUGUAAAUAUCCCAUAUACCAAGAUGCGCGUUGAUAUCCCCCUUC